UGUGUGGAAGGAAGGACGGGAGGCGCCAUGGCGGGCGCGGAGGGUCAGCGUCUCUCCCGGCAGCUCUUCCUGGCCGGCCUCGCCGCCGCCUUCCUCGCCGCCUUUGCUUCGCUCUACCUCCAGGCCCCCGGCCUGUAUGGCAAAGAUGGGAUCCUUCCUGCCCGGAAGAUGCUCCGAUUCACUGGCAAGAGCUUUUGGGAGCAGGUGCGGGAUGCGCCCACCCUCCUGUGGCUUUCGCCUCACGUGGGGCUGGAUGUGGAGCAAGGCAUGGAGCUGCUCUGCCUCCUGGGGACCCUCCUCUCCUUCGGGGCCCUGAUCCUGGAACCCCUGCGAGACAGCCUGGUCUUCCUGGCCCUCUGGGCCCUCUACUUCUCCCUCUACCAGGUGGGGCAGGUAUUCCUGUAUUUCCAGUGGGACAGCCUUCUGCUGGAGGUGGGCUUUCUGGGCAUACUGGUGGCUCCGCUGCACCUGCUCAAGUGGCGCUCCACGGCCUGGAGACCCCACGAUGGAGUGACCUUCUGGCUGGUCCGCUGGCUGCUCUUCCGCCUUAUGUUUGCCUCCGGAGUGGUCAAGCUGACCAGCCGCUGCCCCACCUGGUGGGGCCUCACAGCUUUGACCUACCACUAUGAGACCCAGUGCAUUCCCACUCCGGCCGCCUGGUUCUUCCACCAGCUCCCUGUCUGGUUCCAGAAGUUCAGUGUGGUGGCCACUUACGUGAUUGAGAUUGCCAUUCCGCCCCUCUUCUUUGUGCCACUUCGCCGCCUGCGCCUCUUCGCCUUCUACAGCCAGAUUCUCCUGCAAGUCCUGAUCACCCUCACGGGGAACUACAACUUCUUCAACCUCUUGACCGUCGUGCUGUGCUUCUCCCUGCUGGACGACGAACACCUGGGACUCUGGCUGGGCCAAGGACGGAAGAAGGUGGCCAGCACCGGGCCCCGGAGCCUGGCGUCCAUCCUAUCCUUUCUGGCCGAACUGGGUGCCUACGGCCUCCUGCUCUACUGGACCAGGCUCUACUUCGGGCUGGAGGUCAACUGGGAAAAGAAGGCCCUCGAAUCCAAGACCGCCUUCACGUACCACGAGUUCAUGCAGUGGUUGCGGAUGGUGACUCUUCCCCUGGUGGGCUUUGGGCUCCUCUCCCUGGUUUGGGAGAUUCUCCAAGCGGGAUACAGGAGUGCCUGCGUACGAGGCUUCUUCUGGAAACUGUGGGCAACCUGCCAGUGGGCCAUCUUUGCCACCGCGGCUUUGGGGAUGUUCACUAUCAGCCUGGUGCCCUUCACCUACAUCGAGUAUGAAUCCAACGGGAAGCUCUGGCCCAGCGUGCACCAGCUCUUCAGUGCUGUGGACCGGUACCAGCUGGCCAACUCCUACGGCCUCUUCCGGCGCAUGACGGGGGUCGGAGGGCGGCCAGAGGUCGUGGUGGAAGGCAGCUACGACAAGAAAUCCUGGACGGAGAUUGAGUUCAUGUACAAGCCAGGCAACGUCAGUGGGCCACCCCCCACUGUGGCCCCGCACCAGCCCCGCCUGGACUGGCAGAUGUGGUUUGCCGCCCUGGGACACCACACCCACAGCCCCUGGUUCACCAGCUUCGUCUACCGGCUCCUGCAAGGAAAGGAGGAAGUGAUCCACCUGGUGCAGGUAGACAGCUCCAAGUACCCCUUCAGCUCCAACCCGCCUUCCUACAUCCGGGCCCAGCUGUACAAGUACUGGUUCACGGAGGGCGCAGAGGACGGGUCUCUUCCUCGUCAGUGGUGGAGGCGGCAGCGGAUUGAGGAGUUCUACCCCACAGUCUUCCUGGGGGACCCCAACCUGGAGGCCCUGUUAGCCCAGCAUGGGCUCAAGGACAAGGGACCCCUGAAGCGCGCCUCGUCUUCCUUCCUGCCGACGGCCCUCCAGUGGGCCAGGGACUUUGUCCACCCGCACACCGGCCCUGCGGUCAUCUGGUCCCUGUACCUCACCGCGGCCACCAUUUCUGUCCUGCGGGCGAUGGUGGGGUGGUUCCUAUCCGGAAGAGGAGGGGUGCCCCCGGCCACAGGGAAGCCCAAGGGCACCCGGAGGGCAGAGCCACCAGCUGUGGACGCCGGCGGAGGAGGGGACCACGCCGGCAACGAGAAGAACGGACAGGUGAGGAAGAGGGAGGCGGGCCUGACCCCCGAAAGGUCCCGGGGUCCCCCUUCCGCAGCUGAGCCCCCCACAGACGGGCUGAGGAGCGUCAGGAAGAAGAAGUAGCCGCCGCCUCGCCAUCCGCAUCUUCCACUGGAACUCAAGCCACCAAAA